AUGGCAGAUGGAACAAGGAUGAAGACAAUGGAGGAACAACUCCACAGGCAAGACAAUAGGAUUCAAGGAAUUUUGGAAUCCAUGGCAGCAGACAAGCAAAGCAUGGAGGAUAGGUUGGAUGCAGUAAGUGUUGAGCUGAGCAAUAAGCUCGAUGCGUCCAUGGCAGCCAUUUCUCAGCAGCUCUCCAAUUUGAAUCGUGGAAAUCAGAAGAAAGGAAUAUUAGGUUCUCCAGAGGUAAGUCACUCUAGGAGCUCAGAAAUGGUGAAUAGAGAGCAAGGAGAGAGGAAUGUCAGGAGUACCUUCUAUGCUAGCACACCUAAAUUGGAAAUUCCAGCAUUUAGAGGAGACAAUCCAAGAGAGUGGAUCAGGAAACUUCAGAAGUAUUUCCAGCUUCUACACAUUCCCAGGGAACAGUGGAUGGAGUUGGCAGAAUUCCACUUAGAGGAGAGGGCUGAAGUGUGGUAUCAAGGAUUCAGGUCUACUAGGGGUAACAAGGUGGAUUGGGAGGAGUUCUCUGGAGAAUUGUGUAAGAGGUUUGGAGCCUUAGGACAAAUGGAUCCAGUGGAGGAAUUUAAUAAGUUGCAACUCUCCUCCACAGUCCUAGCCUAUCAAGAAAAAUUUGAGGAGCUGCUAUCAGAGGUAAUAAUUCGAGCCCCACAACUCCCAGAAAACUAUUCCAUUUCCUGCUUUUUGAGUGGACUGCCAGAUGAAUUGAGAUCAAUGGUGAAAACUCAUGAUCCUAAGACAUUAUCCAAAGCAUUUGAGUUGGCCAAACUGCAGGAGAAUGCCUUUGAAGCCUACCACAGGAAGCACAAACCUCAUCAGAAGGCCAUUGCCUUGGGGAGUACCACACAGACUGCUGCUCAGUACACUGUGCCGCAUACCAAACCUGUCACUGCCAAUGCUGUCAAGAAACAGUCACCUCAGAACUUCAAGAGAACCACACCAACAGAACUACAGAAAGAGAUCCAUCUGAUUGUAGCAAUAGAAGAUAGUCCUGAUGAUUUGGAGAAAGGGGAGGUGAUUGAGUACCAAGGGACAAUCUGCCAAAGGAGUGGAAAUGGCAAUACAUGCACUAACGAGGAAGAUGACUUACAAUACCAUCAAACUGCAAGGGCUGUUCAAAGGAACUUCCCUAUCAAUUCUGGUGGAUGGAGGAAGUACUCAUGGCUUUGUCAAAAAUACUGUGGCUUAACUCUAUCCAGGGAUGGUUCAGCCUAUCAAACCUUUCAAGGUCAAGGUAGCCAAUGGGGAUCGGAGUACUUGACCUGUAACAAGAUGAUUCCAAACAUGAGCUGGGAAAUGCAAGGUAAACAAUUCACUCAUGACAUGUUUAUCAUUAACUUGGAGCCUUAUGAUAUGAUCAUAGGAGUAGACUGGAUGGCUGCACACAGCCCCAUCACCUUUGACUUCAGGCAGUUGAACAUGACAUUUGCUGAGAAAGGGGAAAGGGUCUUGCUACAAGGGGAGUCUAAGGAGGUCGUUCUCAAAUUUCCUAGAAAUAAUUCUGAGAAAGAGGGACUGAGCACCAGAAUUUGGAAGCAUGCCUGUGGACUGAAGAUGAAUGGAACUCAGAUAAACACUGUAACUCAGUUGGAUAUUAAUUUUCAACAAUCCCUAGAUGCUUUACUUGCAGACUACAAGGAUGUAUUUGGAGAACCAAAAUCCCUUCCCCCUUCCAGAAACUGUGACCACCAUAUUCCCUUAGUGCCAAAUGCCAAACCAUUCAAGUUAGCACCUUAUAGGUACCCUCACAACCAGAAAAAUGAAAUAGAAAAGCAGGUAAAAGACAUGCUCAGUAGUGGCAUUAUUCAGCUUAGCCAUAGUCUGUUUGCAUCUCCAGUUCUAUUGGUGAAAAAGAAAGAUGGAACUUGGAGAUUUUGUGUUGAUUACAGACAACUAAAUGGCCUGACUAUCAAGGAUAAAUUUCCAAUACCAAUCAUUGAUGAUUUAAUCGAUGAACUGUAUGGAGCUAAGCUCUUCUCUAAGAUUGAUCUAAGAGCUGGUUACCAUCAGAUCAGAAUGUUCCUUGCUGACAUUCCAAAAAUUGCCUUCAAAACUCACCUUGGACUGUAUGAGUUCACUGUCAUGCCAUUUGGUCUUAUCAAUACACCUGCAACCUUCCAAAGCCUAAUGAACCAUGUAUUCGAACCUUACCUGAGGAAAUUUGUGCUAUUAUUCUUUGAUGAUAUCUGUUAA